AUGGCAUCUGUCUCAUCACACCCGAACGUGGAGGUCCGCGGGAGCAAAGGCUCUGGGACUACUGGUCGUAGCCUUUACGCUACCAAGUCAUUUGCGCCCGGGGAUCUAAUCACAACGUUCACAGACCCGAUUCUAGCACUCCCCAAUGGCCCCUCCGCUAAGACGGUCUGCAGCAACUGUCUCGCACACAACGUGCCCACAAAAGCCUGUACUGCGUGCAAGGCAGUCUCGUACUGUGGCGGAGAAUGCCAGAAGAAGCACUGGAGCUUCAUCCACAAGCAGGAGUGCAAGAGCUUCCGUAAGGUCAAGGAGUCAGUCGAUCAGGAUUGGCUGCCCACCCCUGUCCGUGCUCUCCUCCAGGUCUUACUCCGGUGGGAUGACGAUCUGGACUUGAGAAACGCCUUUGGGAGGCUGGAAGGCAACCUGGACAAAUUCAAGGCCAGGGAGGACAUCUGGAAUGAUAUCAGUCUCCAGGCUUAUGGUGGCAUGACGUAUGCUGGCAGGAAGGAGGAGGACGAGCAGCUCCACCUCGCGCGAGAUAUUCUGUGCAAGAUCCAGACGAACUCGUUCGACCGAACCGACGUGGACACCGGCCAGGCGGGCAUAUUCUUGCAUCCAACCUUGGCCAUGGUGAACCACUCUUGCGUGCCCAACGCCAACGUCAACUUCCUCAAGCGGAAAGCAUGCCUCAAGGCCGAGCUGCCGAUCAAGGAGGGCGACGAGAUCAACAUCUCGUACAUCGACUUCACAAAACCAAAGCUCUUCCGACAACUCGGCCUGGCGCUGUACCACUUUGAGUGCACUUGCCCGCGGUGCAAAGACGACCUGACCGUGUACGAUGUCUGCCAGCAAUCACCCGUCAUUCCCCUCAACUCCUUCAGCCUGGUCCCGAACGUGCAGAAACUCCGAAAGCCCGCGAUCAGCCCUCCGACGUCUAAAAAGGAGCUCCAAGAGCUCAAGGACAGCAUCGAUGAGAUCUACGUCGCCUGCCAGACCCCCGAGAGGUCACGUGGCCCCACAACAACCGAGGAGAGGCUCAUGGUGCUCAAACACCAGUGGAGGCAGUGUCAGCCUCUCAUCCAGGCCGGCAUGUGGGCGCAGGAGCCGCUGGGGCUGACGGUCGAGCACGCCAUCAUGUACUACACGGAGAUAGGGAGCUACGCGCACGCGCUCUCGGUGGCGUGCUUCGCGGCGCUCAACUGCGCGCCCUACAAGUAUCCGGCCCCCUUCAAGGAGCGGCGGCUCAAGGGCCUCAUGGUGAUCGCCAAGACUCUGACCAACACGGCACCGCCGUCGGCGAUGGAGGCACUCACCGAGGUCACGGACCAGAGGGUGAUGGUGUGCCUGCUGCAGGCUGACCAGGUGGCAAUGUGCGAGGCGCUGGCGCUCAUGGUGGAGAAGUACGGGCCCGUGGCACAGACGGAGGAGUGGGAGAUCCUCGACCUGGCGAGGAGCAUGCUGCAGGACAUCGCGAGCCUGCCCGGCCGCGAGAAGGAGGCCGCGCUGCUGCGGGGCUGGGCCGGGAGCAGGGACGAGGCCGGUACCAAGUACUUCAAGGAGCAGAUCCUACAGCCGAUUGAGGACCUCGCUGGGUUUGCUGUUGAGAUUAUGAAGGCGGAUUUCGAGACGGACGAGCCCCUCCUGGAGGUUGACAAGGUCGACUGA